UAAGGUUAUGUUGUGGCCCCAAAAUGAUCCACAAAGACAUUUUUAACAUUGUGACUCUAAUCGCUAACGACAAAUACAGCCGAUUUGCGGCCCUAGCUGUAACGAUAUUCUCAGCGUUUGUUACAGUAUUUGUUAGUUCCUUAGCCGGUGUUAUUAUUUACGGAGGCUACAUAUUAGGAUGUUUGGUGUCUUGGUGUUUUUUAAAAUACCAGAUCGUAGCUUCUGCUUAUCUUUCGGGUUUGGUCAGUUUUUGUUAUGGGAGUCAUUCGUCUAGAAAGAAACUGAAGCAGUCAUGCAGCAUUUGUGACGAUUUAUCGUGUAAGAGGCACCAGCAGAAUAAAGCUGUAGCGCCGUGGAAGGAUUUGUACAUUCCCAAAGAACUCAAUUGUGUGAUUGAAACUUUUUAUAAUAAAAUUUUGGAGUCGUUUGUAAUAUCGUGGUACGGGCAAUUUACCUCAGAUGUCGACUUUUUAAAUGAGUUGCGUUAUUGUUUACAAUAUGCCAGUGCAGCUGUUAUCAACCAGUUCCUAAACCUAGACCAUGCAAAUGUAAUAUCUAGAAAACUGCUCCCUUGUGUUGUCAAGCAUAUCGAUGAUUACAUGUACAUGCAACAGAUAAUUAAGUUGAAAAAGACACGACUGAACGAUGUUAUUGUUGAGUACUUGGGCACGAGACUUCAUGCAGCUACAGUGAACAGAAAAUGUGAACUAAAAUACCUCCAACAUUUAUCAUCCUCUCUUAUGCCUCAUAUUUUACCCGACAAGUAUUUAAAAUGCCAGAAUUAUGUAGUUUUAAUUCGUGAAAUAUUAGCAGGGUGGGUUCUGUUACCCUUAAUGGAUGUCCUCGCUGACCCAAACAUAAUAAAUUCCCUCGUAAUACUCGCAGCGACAUAUCGCUCAAAUCAAACAAGACAUAAACAAAGCUCGGAAAAAGUGAUAUUUUUGGAGAACUUUAUCGCAAAUAACCAGCAGAAAUCGUCAUUCGCAACUGACUUAAACACAAUUAAAGGAAACACAGAGUUGUUAUACGCCUUUGUGCAGUUUUUGAAACGGGAGGAACAUGUACAUCUGUUGCAAUUUUGUUUGGACGUUGAUGAAUUUAACAAUAAGUUGCUCACUCCGGACCUGACGAAAAAACAACUUGAAGAGUUACAUUCUGAGGCCUUGACUCUGUAUAAAGAGUAUUUGAACAAAAACACGAUCAACUUUAUUGGCUGUUCUGAUGAAAUUAUUGAUAAUUAUUAUUCGCUCCUCAAAGAUGGGGUGUACAACGUGGCUAAAUUACGAACCUCCAAACCAUUAUAUCAGGCAUAUGAACACACGUUCAAUGUCCUGGAAAAGGUGUGGUGUCCGUCGUUUUUUCACAGUAAUGAGUUUUAUAGUUACAUUUGCGGUGCGAAAGUCACAGCUGCUUACAAUAAGGGGGCUGCCUCUAGAUCUCUAGUUAACUUUGGCUCACCAUUAAAGUCUCGGAGGAAAUACUACGAAACACCAAGUCAAGGCACUGUUGCUAAAAUCAGUAGUGGUAUUGGUAAACUAAGAGGGGCUUUGAAGGUGGCCCAGCCGAUAGAAGGCGCCAUACAUCCUCCCGAAGCCCAAGGGAUUGAAAAUGGGGCUGUGGAGGACAUUAUUAUUUCUGAAUGCGGAAAUAUUUUUCGUGAUUUGAGUUCUUGGCGAGUCUCGAUUUUGUCAUAUCAGACAAAUAACAAAGUUGUGAGUUUUUGUAUAAAUGUGCAAAGACUGGAUGUUGUUGAAGAUGUUACUAAACGACACUGGAUUGUUUUAAGAAAAGAUCAGGACUUUUACACGCUUAAAGCAAAGCUUGUUGAAUUUCACGGAGAGAAUGAAAUUUCGGAUACUCCACUUCCUUCCAGAAAGGCUGGGAGUUCUAUCGAAGUCCGAAUGAAAAAAUAUGAGGAAUUUCUCACCAAACUCCUCCAGAAACCUUUGCUAAGGGGGAGCGAUUUGUUAUUUUCGUUUCUAACAGCGGAAGAAGACUUCACAGUUUUGAUAGCAACAAGUACGCAAAAUGCCCAGGAUUUUGGAAAUAUUUACCAAUCAGUUGCUCACAAAUUAAGGAAAGAAAAGGGACAACAUUUAGACCCUUUCAUGGGCACGUUUUUAUUGUCAACGGGAAAAACAAAGUCUGGAAAAUUUGAAUGGGCAGAAAUUGGUGAUGAAGUGAGCACCAAAAUGAUUGAAAAAACGACACCAAUGCCUAAAACAUUCAGAAAUCAUGUUUUCAAUGACAAUUUCGGCACCACUUUUAAAGAUCUCAAAGAGUCUUGUAACACUUCGUUUAAUCCAAUUGGAAUGAUCCAGUGUAUUUUCUAUUUGUUAAAGUAUGUUUUUAAAUUGCCACAUUAUUUAUUAAGAUUAUAUGCCGCCAUAUGUAGCGUGGCACAAGAAGCAGUUGAGGCAUUUUCCAGUGCUUAUAUUGAACGGAGAUUGAAGCAUAGUUUGUCGCCCUCAAACUUGACAUAUUUGGUACAGUUACUGGAAGACGUAAUUUUUCAUUCUCGAACUUCACCCACCAAAGAAGAAUUAAUUGAAAGGCGUAACCGGGCUUUUGCACUGUUAAAUAAUGCCAUACCGUCAUAUUUAGAAUGCAUCGUUGGCAAGGAUGUCAAUGAAGGCUUAAAAAUGUUGCUUGAAAUAUUGCAACAUCCACAUUACAACAAACAUCUUGCGUAUAAUCUUUUGGAUUUGAUAUUGUGCGAAAUGUAUCUCACUCUGCAAAAUACUGGAACACAGUGAUUUUAACUUGUUCAUUUAUGUUAUAUGAUGUGAUUAUUUCUGUGAUUAAAUUAAAUUUUUAAAACAA